CGGGCGUGGUUUCGGCUCGGCUGCAGAGGGAGAGAGAGGGGGAGCGGCUCGGGGAACAGUGCCAGGUGAAAACAAUAACGAUCAGCUGGCAAUGAUUGUGUGUGUGUGCUCUCCCCCAUUUGAGCAGUGAGGCGGGCGAGCGAAGGGAGGCCCCGAACGAGCGAGCAGGACGCCGGCACGUGUGCUGCAAAAGCAGAUAAAUAAAAGAAUUAAAAACUGGCAGACUGGUCUCCAGCGUCUUCCUCCCAAACCCGACCCCGCACACCUUACAGUGGCGCCCAACUCGGCGGAUGACGGACGAAAGGCAGCAGGAUAUGCCGACCCAACCGGCGCUCGCACUGGCGCAGAUGAUUGGGGAGCUGGCGGGGAUCCAACGCGAGCAGGCAGAGGCGAACCGUCAGUUCAUGGGGAUGCUCCAGGUCCAGGUGGGGAGGCAGGCCCAGGCGCUGGAGCAAUUGGUGGAGCGGUCGGGACCCGCACCUCCACCACCGGGGCCGACAGCGUUGGCAAGCCUGACCCUCCACCGCAUGACAGCAGAGGACGACACCCAGGCGUUCAUGGAAGCCUUCGAGGCAACGGCGGAGGCGUGCGGAUGGCCGGAGGGGGAAUGGGCCGUGAGGCUGCUCCCGCUGCUGACCGGGGAGGCGCAGACGGCCGCCAUGGGGCUUCCCCCGGCGGCCCGGCGGGACUACCCCGCGGUGCGGAAGGCCGUGGUCGACCGGCUGGGACUGCUGCCCGAGGACCACCGCCGGCGAUUCCGGAGUGCCAGGCUGGGACCGGAGGACCGACCCUUCGCCUACGGGCAGCGGCUCCGGGACGCGGCCGCCAGGUGGCUCCAGCCGAACGGGGUGGGGACGGCGUCAGGGGUCGUGGAGAAGGUGGUACUGGAGCAGUUUGUGGAGGGGCUCCCGGCCCGCACGGCGGCGUGGGUCCGGUACCACCGCCCACCGACGCUGGAGGCAGCCAUCACCCUGGCCGAGGACCACCUGGCGGUGCACCCCAGCGGGCGCGACGGACGGGAGGGCGCGCCACCCUCGACCCUGAAAGCAGCCGCACCACGGGGAUGGGGCCAGCAGCUGACCACAGGGCGACCCCGACCAGCCCCACGGCGGGAGCCGAUGACCCGACACUGGGACCCCCCGACCGCAGCGAGCCCCGGCACUCUUCCUGACCCACCCGGAGGUUCUCAAACGCCAGGGCAGGAGUGCUGGAAGUGUGGGCAGCCCGGCCAUCUGCGGAGGGAGUGCCCGCUGAUGGAGGUGGGGCAGGUGAUCCGGGUUGCCGGCGCUCCAUCACCCUCCCCCGGCCCGGGAGCGACGUACCGCGUUCCGUGAGGCGGGCGAGCGAAGGGAGGCCCCGAACGAGCGAGCAGGACGCCGGCACGUGUGCUGCAAAAGCAGAUAAAUAAAAGAAUUAAAAACUGGCAGACUGGUCUCCAGCGUCUUCCUCCCAAACCCGACCCCGCACAC